CCAUACAAGGAACAAACCACUACCCAUUUGCCUCUAUUGCUUGUUAGUAGUCAUGGUUUUCCAAGAAAACCAACCUCACUUCAUUUUGUUUCCUCUAAUGGCUCAAGGCCACAUUAUCCCCAUGGUGGAUAUUGCAAGGCUUUUAGCACAGCGUGGUGUAAUUGUAACCAUUUUCACCACACCAAAAAAUGCAUCACGUUUCACUUCAGUUCUAUCUCGUGCCAUUUCAUCAGGCCUCCAAAUCAGACUAGUAGAACUCCAAUUUCCUUACAAACAAGCAGGACUACCUGAAGGGUGUGAGAAUUUCGACAUGGCAACCUCAAAAGACAUGUUCAGCAAACUCUUCAGAGGAAUUACCAUGCUCCAAAAUUCAGCGGAGGAGCUGUUUGAGAAGUUGUCACCAAGACCAAGUUGCAUAAUCUCUGACUUUUGCAUCCCUUGGACAGCUCAAGUGGCUGCAAAGUACAACAUUCCAAGGAUUUCUUUCCAUGGUUUCUCUUGCUUCUGCCUCCAUUGUUUGCUCAAGGUGCAAACUUCAAAGGUUACUGAAAGCAUCACUUCAGAGACAGAGUAUUUCACUGUGCCUGGCAUACCUGAUCAAAUUCAGGUUAACAAGUCUCAGAUUCCUGGACCAAUGUCAGAUGAUCUGAAGGACUAUGGGGAGCAGAUGUAUGAAGCUGAAAAAAGUUCAUAUGGGGUGAUCAUAAACACUUUUGAGGAGUUGGAGAAUGCAUAUGUGAAGGAUUACAAGAAGGAAAGGAAUGACAAGGUGUGGUGCAUUGGCCCUGUUUCACUCUGCAACAAAGAUGGCUUGGACAAGGCUCAAAGAGGGAACAAGGCCUCAAUUAAUGAACACCAUUGUCUGAAGUGGCUAGAUUUGCAGCAACCCAAGUCUGUGGUCUAUGUAUGUCUUGGAAGCUUAUGCAAUUUGAUCCCUUCACAGCUUAUGGAGCUGGCUUUAGCCUUGGAAGCCACAGAAAGACCAUUUAUUUGGGUUAUCAGGGAAGGAAAUCAGUUCCAAGAGUUGGAAAAAUGGAUGGGUGAAGAAGGUUUUGAGGAGAGGACCAAGGGGAGGGGCCUUGUGAUUAGAGGUUGGGCUCCACAAGUGCUGAUACUAUCACACCCUGCCAUUGGAGGAUUCUUAACACAUUGUGGUUGGAAUUCAACACUUGAAGGGAUAAGUGCUGGUGUGCCAAUGGUGACAUGGCCUCUAUUUGCAGAUCAGUUUUUGAAUGAGAAGCUUGUUACUCAAGUGCUGAGGAUUGGAGUGAGCCUUGGAGUAGAGGUUCCUUUGAAGUGGGGAGAGGAAGAGAAGACUGGGGUGUUGGUGAAGAAGGAGGAUAUUAAGAAGGGAAUAUGUUUGCUGAUGGAUGAUGAAUCAAAAGAGAGUGAAGAGAGAAGACAAAAGGCCAGGGAACUCAGUGAGAUAGCAAAGAAAGCUGUUGAAAAUGGGGGAUCUUCUUACCAUAAUAUGACUUUGCUUAUCCAAGACAUCAUGCAACAGGAUAUAAAGUUAAGAACUGAAGACACAGUAAAUGUAGUGAUUAGUGAAUGAUAUUGUCCUUGACCAGUCAUCUUAAGGGGCUGGUUGCCUGGUUCUUAUGCUGUCAUUAUUUUUCUUAUUCUGUUUCUGCAUGCUAGCUGCCCUUGUUUACUGUAACAAUUCCACACUGUAAACAUAUAUAUAUGAAAUGUUUUCUUUUGACAAUGAAACAUAACUAAAUGUUAUUUAAA